UAAAAGUUAGAAAUGUUAAAUGUAUACAAGUAAUUUAUAGAAAUUGUAAACAGAAGAUUGAAACUUUAAUAGUAGCUUAAAUAUGCGUUACAAAAUAAAAUUUCAUUUAGUAUAAUCUUAUACUGUUCCUACACUCUAUAAAUUAAAGUUGACGUGAAAUUUUAUUAUUUUUUUGUUUUCUUAUACAAAACAUGAGUGUAAAUCGCAGUGAAUUUGAUGAAAAAUUAAAAUUAUUAUACAGUGAACAAAAAAGUAAUAAAACUAUUUGGAAUAAAAAACGUUUACUUGAAGUAAUACAAAUGCUUAUAGAAUAUAAAAAUGUUAAAUCAACAAAAAGCAGUUCGUACUAUCAUUGUAUAAAAUUAUAUGAAAUUAUAAAACAUGAUGGUGAAAAUCAUUUAAUUUUAAAACGAAAGAAAGAAAAAAAUCAGUUGAUUUAUGUUAUUGCAAUUGAGGAUUAUUAUGAAAAAUUACUCGAAGCUCACAUUCAAACUGGACACGGAGGAAGGGAUAGAAUGUUAUAUUAUAUUAGAAAUAAGUGGAGAAUUUCAAGACAAGCUUGUGAAUUGUUUAUUCAAUGCUGUGAAAGUUGUAAUAGAAAAAAAUCGUUUUCAAAAAAAAUAAUAGAACCAAUUAAUUCAGAGGGAUUUAAUAUACGUGGUCAAGUGGAUAUAAUUGAUUUUCAAUCAUGCAGUGACGGUGAUUAUAAAUGGAUAAUGAAUUAUCAAGAUUAUGCUACAAAAUUUAUCCAAUUGCGACCGUUGAAAUCAAAACAUGCAGCGAAUAUAGCAGAGGAAUUGUUGACAAUUUUUUGCACAUUUGGAGCACCACAAAUUCUUCAAAGCAAUAAUGGACAAGUAUUUGUUGCUUCUGUUGUAACUGAACUUACAAGAAUUUGUCAUAUUUUUAAAAUUGUCCAUGGCCACUCUAGACAUCCUUCGAAUCAAGAAAGUGAUAUCGAAAACAUGAUUCGCGCUUGGAUGGUGGACAAUAAAUCAACAAAUUGGAGCCAUGGUAUUUACGAAGUGCAGUGGGCAAAAAAUACAACCAAGCAUAAAAUUUUAAACUUGACUCCAUAUGAGGCUGUUUUUGGACCAAUUCGAGCGGGCCUGAAGAUUACAAAUUUGCCAGAUGAGAUAUUAAAUCAACUUUCUUCAGAAGAAGAUCUGGAAAAUGCUCUGGAAGCAUAUACAAAUAAAACGAGUGUUGAUAGUGUUCCUGAAAAUUUAGUGGAAGUAAUUCUUUCUCCCAUGGAAGAAGAUGAUCCAAUCGCGUUUUAGCAUAAAUUCAGAUAAUUUUUUCGAUUUUGAAAAUUUAGAAGACAAAGAUUGUUGAUAUUUUUGACGAUGUUUUAAAAAAUGUUCCGUGUUUCGAAAAAAAAAUAUUUUAAAAUCAAUUUUUAUCAAAUUUUUACAUUCAAUGAUGUUUUUAUAGGACGAUUUGUUUAAGGUCUCUCUCUUUGCCAAAGAAUUUCAGAGAGUAAAUUUUAAUCUAGUCUAUUUCUAUUUUUAUACUUUAUAAACUAUUCAAUUCUUCUAAAUAUCGAAAAUACUUCUUCUUCGUCUUCUUUUAAGUAUCUUUAAAAUUAAUUAUAUAUAGUACAGCUGAUAUAGCUGCUUGGAUAAAUUGCUCGACUUUUGUACUGAAAAUCGAAAGUUCAAAUCUUCGGAUCGACAAUUUUUUUUCUGCACAAAAUUGAAAAAACGUUAUUGAAAAGAAUUGAAUUGAGACUAUUUUAAAUUAUUUAAAAUGGACAAAAAUGGAAUUGAGAAGAAUUAAAAAUGUUCAAUUCUUCUCAAUUUCUCGCUUUUUUACUGAGAAAAUAAUGCAAUAGCCUUUUUAAUAAAAAAAAAUAAAAAAUACAU